AUGGAGGGCCCUUUGUUGAGCAAGAGUGAGCACAUAGUCGACACUACAUUAACCAAUGGUGAUUCUUCAUCAGAUGAUGAGCAUAUCGUCCACAUUACAGCCGAUGCCGAUUCUCCAUCAACUUAUGAGCAAACACCACAUGAGGCUAAAGGUGUUCAAUGGAGUGUUCAAUGGAAAGAUCCAUGCAGAUUCGAGAAUGUUUGGAAUUUGAUCGAGUUUUGUCUGACUUUGGUCCAGAUUGCUGUAGCCAGAGUAGUUGUGACUCGAGCAGAAGCUGAACAUGGAGAAGCAACAUUGUAUCCAUGGAUCGUAGGUUAUACUUGUCUCUGUAUUGCCACACUCCCUAUUCUGUGUUGGCGUUUUUGCCAUUAUAACCGAUGUGUAAGCUCAGUGGUUUGCAACACUAUUGACGAGGUGGUGGACUUUUUGAAGUGGGUGUUUGAAUAUUUCUUCUUGGGUUGGGUUGCAUUAUUUUUUCUAUGGUUUUUUAUCUUCAACGACUCAUCAUCUCUAGAUAAUACUACUCAACUCUUCUGGUGCGCAUCUUACUAA